AUGUCUGAGGCAAACUCCAAUGGCAAGGAAAAAAAAUCUAAGAAGCCCUAAAAUGAUGAAGACCUUAAAAAAGAAAAGAAAAUAACCAAGGUGCUAAAAUUAGCCAUGAAUAAGGAAAAAGAAAAGAACGCGAAUCUCUAAGUAGAAAUCGAGAAAUUAAGAAAUAGGAAUACUGAGUUGGAAGCUGAAUUAAAGGAAAAAGAGAAGAAGUAUUUAGAUUUCUAUAUUGAGAACACUCGCUAGCAUGAGUAAAUCGUAGAACUAUAAAAUUAAUUGCAGGAAUCAUAGAUGAAUGCAUAGAAAGAAGUAAAAUAAUCUAGUGAUAAGAAUCAGAAAAAUUAAAAGCCUAGGGAUGAUUCUGAUAUGAUUAUGAAUUAUGAAAAGAGGAUAUAGGAAUACAUGCUUAACAUGUAAAAGCUAGAAAGAGAUAUAGAGCUAGAGCCAUUAAAGAAGAUUGAAUAUGAAUAUAAAAAGAUUGUAGAGUAGAAGGAAUAAGUGAUUGAAGAGAAAGUAUAACAGAUGGCAGAGUUGAAUAAAUACAUAGAAAGCCUUAAAGUAGAAAAUGAUGAAAAAAUUUAGCAGAUUAUUAAGGAGAUGGACGAGACCAAUAUGUAGAAUAAUAAGAUGAUAGAUCUAAAGUUAGAGUUUGAAGCCAAAAUAGAUAGAAAGGAUAAGGAUAUUGGAGAGCUGAUGGAGAUACUGCAUAAACUAAAAGAUGACAUCAAGGGUAAAGAUCAGGCUAUAUCUGCAUUAAGUUAAACACUUAUGGAGAAAGGAGACGAGAAUCGAUAGUUGUCUGAAGCAGUUAAUGAAAUUAAAAAUCAUCAUCUCUCUACCUCUAUUCUUGGAAAGAAAUUUGCAGGGUAGAAGAUUGGCACCAUAAAGCUAGACGAAGUUACUUUUAGAUUUGCAUGUGAUUCUUCGAGAGAGGACAGUGAAUACUAUCUAGAAAUUCUGGACUAUCGAGGUAAAAGCUGGAAACAAAUUCCAGUUCUUGACAUUGAAUCAAUAGAGCCCUCAUAAGGCAUCAAAUUUAUCCUAUCUUACUAUGUUUCAAGCAGCUUUUUUGGGAAAUCUGAGUCAAUCAAGUAAGAACACUAUUAGAGUAGGCAUAUUGCUGAAUUAAAGGACGCUUAUGAUCAAAUUAUGAACAUUAUUGAAAAGAAAGAACAAGAAGUAGAAAAUUUUUUCUAAUCAUAAAGAUCUUAGUCAAUGGUAAUAUAUGGUUAGGAAGGAUUAAAUGGAAAUAACCAAGGUAGUGUUAAUAAAAGUAAUGGCUUAGUAAAUUCUGUAAGUGCUUUUGGAGCAGGUGUGACUGGAGCUAUAGGAAAUCUUUUUAAAACUAAGACAAAUACAAACAUUGAUUAGCCGAAUCAUAAUAAUAACAAACAAGACCAAUAAAUAAAGGAAGAGACGGAUUCAGAGGAUGAGGUUGAUUCUGAUGAGGAUGUUGAUGGAGAUAACUCAAAUCAAAGCGCGGAGGAAGAAUUAAAUAAUUAGUAUGAAGAAGUAAACUGA